AUGGCAUCCGUACUUGGAAACAACAGCCGCGCGUCGGGGGCUCAAGGUGGUCAGGUUAAAUGCAAGCUGAAAAGGAGGAGGAGGAGGAGAUCUAAGCGAAAAGAGAAAGUCAGUAUGCUGUCAGCAUUGAUCACUCCUUUCAAGUACAUCAGCCCUGGGACCAGCAGCACAGAGGACGAGGACAGUUUAAGUACCAGCAGUGCGGAGGUGAAAGAAAACCGCAACAUCGAUAACUUGGAGGAUCGCUCCUUAGCGUCUGCUGAGUGUCAAUCACUCUUCUGCGCUGAAUCUACAAGAAGUGGGAAUUCUAAUCUGAAGAGGAAACGGCCGCUUGAGGAAGACAACAACGGUCACUUGAGCCAACUCCGUCUGAUCUAUAAGAAACUGUCAUGGUCAGACGCACCAAAGAAUGCUUUGGUUCAGCUCAAUGAGCUAAAACCAGGUCUUCAGUAUCGUAUGGUGUCACAAACUGGUCCGGUCCAUGCUCCUGUUUUCUCUAUUGCUGUGGAGGUUAACGGUUUAACCUUUGAAGGAACGGGACCCACAAAGAAGAAAGCUAAGAUGCGGGCAGCGGAGCUGGCUCUUAAAUCCUUUAUUCAGUUUCCCAAUGCUCCUCAGGCCCACCUAGCCAUGGGAAACAUCUCAAACCCGUCAGCUGACUUCACUUCUGACCAAGCUGACUUCCCUGACACUCUUUUCAAAGAAUUUCAAUCUUCUCCAUGCUCUGAUGGCCUCACCCUUUGCAACUCAGAAGCAGAAAGUCAGUUGUUAUCAAGUGAGCUGCUGAGACACGGACGCUUGCUUCGCCAUACCUUGGACCUGAUGGUACAGGCUCAACAGAGGUUAGGGGGCAUUGUUCCAGAGGCAAAUUUGCCCAAGAGUCCUGUGGUGCUGCUCAAUGAGCUCCGUCCGGGAUUGCGCUACGCCUGUCUGUCUGAACGAGCCGAGGGCAGACGACUGCGUAGCUUUGUUAUGGCUGUGCGUGUGGAUGGACGGAUUUUUGAGGGCUCUGGUCGCAGCAAGAAAAUGGCUAAGACUCAUGCUGCCCAGUGUGCUCUUGAGGCCCUCUUCAAUAUCAGGACAGCGCCUGAAGGGAGGACGAGUCUCAAAGCCAGCAGGAAGAUCUGUCCUCAUUUACCCCAGGACUUUGCUGAUUCAAUAUUCCACUUGGUGAGGGAGAAGUAUCGCUCACUGGUGGGCAGCUGCAAUCCCGCUUACACUCAACACAAAUCCCUGGCAGGCAUUGUAAUGACCCGAGGUCUGGACAUAAACUAUGCCCAGGUAGUGGCAUUAUCCACAGGAACCAAGUGCAUCAAUGGGGAGAAUCUCAGUGACCAAGGGCAUGUGGUCAAUGACUGUCAUGCUGAAGUAACUGCACGCAGAGCCUUGCUACGCUUCCUCUACUCUCAACUCGAGCUCUUCUUUAGUAAAAGACCAGAAGACUGGGAACAGUCCAUUUUUGUACGGCACAAGGAGCGCAGCUACAGGUUACGAGACAGCGUCCACUUCCAUUUGUACAUCAGCACCUCGCCAUGUGGGGACGGGAGACUCAACUCGCCCUACGAAAUCACUAAAGACCUACCCAGCAGUAGACACCUCAUGCGGAAGCACCGCUGCCACCUGCGAACAAAAAUCGAAUCCGGUGAGGGAACUGUACCAGUGAGGUGUCGGGGUUCCGUUCAGACGUGGGACGGUGUUUUACAGGGAGAGCAGCUCAUCACCAUGUCCUGCACUGACAAAAUGACCAGGUGGAAUAUUCUUGGCCUGCAGGGCGCGUUGCUGAGCCACUUAAUAGAGCCUGUGUACCUUCAUAGCGUGACCGUAGGCAGCCUACGCCACACAGGUCAUCUUGGCAGAGUCCUCAACACACGGCAGGAACGACUGGGGCCCCUCCCCGCCGCGUACAGACGCAACCAGCCGCUGCUCAGUGGGUUAAGCUGUGCCGAAUAUCAGCAUUCAGGGAAGGCCAUGUGCGUGAGUGUCAACUGGACGUUGGGCGACGCGCAAUUGGAGGUGGUAAAUACCGCCACGGGACGGAGACGUGACUCAGGGAUGCCUUCACGCCUCUGCAAACACGCGCUGUUCACACGCUGGAACAGACUUUACUGCAAGCUGGGGAUCCCCACUUCCUGCUCGGAGGACGGCCAACUUGUUUACUGUCAGGCCAAGAUGGCGGCACGCCCUUAUCAGACAGUCAAGCAACAGUGGUUCAGAUCUCUGCAAGAAACAGGCCUGGGCACUUGGGUGAAGAAGCCACCUGAGCAGGAACAGUUCCUGCUUUCGGACUAA